AUGGCUGCUAUACCAAGUAACGUAGACCGCGCCGCCGGCCAAGUGACGCCCAACUUGGCCCUGUACGAAGAUGACAGUGCGACUGCCACCUACCUUGAAUCGAUGCACAGCAGGAUCGGCGAAAGCCUUCAAGCGAAGAGGCAGUUUGGCUCUUUUUUGGGUGUCUAUGUUCCCUGUGUACAAACAGCGGUGAAUUUCCUGAUCUUCCUCAGACUUCCGUGGAUCGUUGGAAUCGCAGGCAUCGUGCAAUCUGCCAUCUUGGUGUUCGUCUGUUCACUCUGCGCCCUCCUUACGAGUAUAUCUGUUGCAGCCAUUGCCACUAACGGAAAGCUGAAAGAAAACCACGGCAGUGGAGACGUCUACAGUCUGCUGGCAAGAAACAUCGGACCCGAGUUUGGAGGCGCGAUCGGAGUGUUGUUUUUUUUAGCGAAGACCAUGCAAGUCAGCUUCGCCUUGUUAGCACUUGCCGAAAUUUUAGUGACGUACGUUUUGCCUGAGAGCUCGCGAACGACGGACGCUAUUGCCGGUGAAUCGGGCAUAGUUAACAGCUAUCGAUUAUAUGCCAUUCUACUCUUAAUCAUUCUUUUUCCUGUCUGUUGCUUCUGCCACAGAUGCUUAACCUUCAUUUUGCCGUUUUUGCUCAUACCUACAAUUUUUGCGCUUUUGUCAGUGGUGAUCGGAUCGGCUUUGCUGAAUGAACAGAACUCUAACGAGAUUUGUUUGGUUGGAGAGGCGGUGUUAAGGACAGAAGUAUCGAACGAGAACAUAACUGCCGUGUGCGGACGCUCAGAGAAUAUUUUGCCAUAUUCGCGCAACGUUACCAAUCGAAGCGUGCCAGAUCUCUGUAAAGGAUACUUGCUCGAUAAUCAACCGAAAAAUUUGUACUCAAACUUCUUGUAUGCCGGGGAAUCCGCGGAAGGAUGCAGCGGAAAUCCGCGUCUACUCGUUACUCAAGAUAUCACGACAAAUUUUUUUGUGUUGCUGUCGAUUUUUGUUCCGGCCGUUGGAGGAGUGAUGUCGCUUGCUGUGAUCAAUGAUAAUUUGGAGAAGCCGGACUUUUCCGUUCCUUGUGGCACCAUCGCUGUGCAACUCACCAGUUUUGCCGUCUACUUCGUUUUCGUUUUCAUAUACGGCAGUACAACGUUUGGGCCGCUGCUGCGAGACAAGUAUGGUCAGUCACUCGGAGGCAAAAUGGUAGCCGGAGGUCUAGCAUGGCCGAGCCAUUGGGUGGUGGUCAUAGGCACUUCCAUAAUGUGUCUAGAAGCAGGCAUGCAAGAGCUUUGCAAUAGUCCAAUGCUUCUUCAAAGCAUUGCAAGAGAUAAGCUGAUUCCGCUGCUGGCGCCCUUCAUAAAGUCGACCAUGAAAGGUGUGCCUCUGAACGCGAUUCUCUUCUCGACAUUCAUGGCAGCGCUGGGGAUCAUGAUCGGUCGAGUAGAUGAGCUGGCACCGCUGGUGUUGGUACUCAUCCUCAUAAACUAUACAUUCGUUAACCUGGCGUGCGCCAUUCAAACAAUCCUCAGGGCUCCCAACUGGCGCCCUCAUUUUCGAUAUUACCACUGGAGCUUCUCUGUCAUUGGAGCGCUUUUGUCGCUGUUCAUCAUGUUCUCAACGAAAUGGCACUACAGUCUGGUGGUGUUGAUCAUCUUCGCUCUCUUGCAUAAGUACAUCGAGUACAAAGGAGCGAAACAAGAAUGGGGCGACGGACUUCGAGGAUUGGCACUGUCGACAGCGCAGUACAGCUUGCUCCGAGUUGAGGAUUCACGAGUUCAUCCGAAAAACUGGAGACCUCAGCUUCUUGUCUUGCUUAAAAUGCAGCCGUCACAUGACCUGCUCAACUAUAAGCUCCUUCAUUUCGCCAGUCAGCUGAAAACCGGACAUGGACUGACGAUCGCUGCCACGUUGCUGCAAGGCGAAAUAGCUAGCCAGCACGACAGAGAAAAAAUGGAGGGGAUUCGUAAAGAACUGAAGCAGAAAAUGGCUGAUGCAAAAAUUAGAGGUUUCACAGAGGUGGUUCUGUCGACCAAUAUUCACAAGGUCGUAGGUACUGUAUUGCAGUGCGUUGGCAUUGCUGGUCUGAGAACGAACACAGUGAUCAUCGCUUGGCCAAUCAGCUUCGCGGAAAACAGCCACCGUAAUGGAUCCGGUGAAGCACAAUUUUUUGGUAAGCCUUUACGUAAUGCCUACUGCAUGCCAUCAGACCUUCUGAAUUAUUACAUUAUAAUACCUGCGUUUAUUUCUACUUUCCUCAUGGAUCAAUAAUU